GUACUGGCUGCUCCCUCCUGUGCUCUCUCCCUCUCUCUCUCUCUCUCUCUCUCUCUUAUUCAGCCUCAGGGGAAUGAGAACAAUGAAAACCCCCGGAAAUGACAGCAAGGCAGCACUUGUUAUUUUCCAGUAGAGAGAGAGGGUGCUGGUUAAUCGAUAGGAACAUCAACGUUGACAGACUUUAACACCUCGUUAAAAUCACCAAAACUAGACGGCAGAGGAUUGUUCGAAACUUUACUCGUGUUGCCAUUAAGUCUGAAGACGUGUCCUGAUGGGUGGCAUGAUGGCACAAUGGUGGAGUUGCUGCCUUACAGCGCCAGAGUCCCGGGUUCAAUCCUGCCUACGGGUGCUGUCUGUUCAGAGUUUGUGACCUGCGUUGGUUUUCCCGGAAUAAACAAAGAAAGUUGCAAAUUGCCAUCCAAUGAGCACAAAAAGCAGUGAAAAGAACAUGCAGCUCAGAAACAUGCCAGUUGCAUUUUACAUUCUGUUCAUUCUAUUCAAUGUCCUCUUGGGCACUAAUGUAAAUGCAUCAAUGGUCCCUGCCACUGCUAAUUCCGGUGGCAAAGUCAGCAAUUCAUCUGAAGCUACUAUCAAUAAUACUUCCCUUGGAAAAGGAUCCAACCAGUCAGAAGUGACGUUGGUCCCGACAUCCAAGCAAAACGCAAGUAACAUCACGACCACUGUGGCCUCUGGGAGUACAGUUGCCAUGUCAACCUCUGGGCCUAAUGGUUCUCAGGUUUCUGUGACACCAAUGGCUUCAGUUCAAACAACAAUGCUGUCCAAUGUUUCAAGCCACAGCACACCUGAGUUAUCAGCAACGCCAACGCUUAGUUCAACAGCUACAGACAGCAACGUCACAACAUCAACGCCUGUACCAAGGUCCACACAGACUGAAUCCAUGGUAACAAGCAGGAAGUCGAGCACCACUGAUGUCACACAGCUGACCACAGAUUCAUUGUAUUCAGUCACAACCACCUCAGUCUCGGGUUCAGUUUUGCCUCUGAAAAAGGAAGAAGUAAUUCUGACCAUCUGUUUGAGCACUGUUCUUGGCCUGGUCAUUCUAACUAUUCUUGUGUAUAAUGUCAACAAGUGCAAACAAAGGAGGGCACAAUAUUUGCACCAUCCUCUCUAUGCCGACUCAAACGAAGAGCCAGGUUUUCCAAAUGACACUUUGGUGAUAUCAGGAGGUCUUUAUGAUGAAUCACGUGUUUAUAAUCCCAACAUGACGGUUGAAGAAGAUGAUGAGCUUCACGUUGAAUAUCCUGCAUUUACCUCCAAGUAUAGCCAAUUCAAACUGGAAUUUUUACCAGAGGAAAGAGAGGUCACAAAUCAAGGAUCUUCAUUUGCCACAUUUCAACCGGAAACAUAAUCUCAUAAUAAACUUGUGUGCUAACUCUACUGUUUGUUUAUUCUAUACUUUACCAAUUUCACCAAUGAAAUAAAUGAACCAAAGGUGUCUUUUUAUAUUUUGUGUCCUUAAUGAGUACUUCCAAACUCUUCAUCCAGCUAUCUCAACCUGAAUAUUUACACCUGUGUCACAUGCCACAACACAAUAGACACAAAUGUGACUGAGAAACACGCAUUCAGUUGGAAAAGUGGAAACUCUCCAGAAAUUGUUUCUGAAAAGACUAAAGAACUUUCUUCCUCAAGCUGUGCUAUUAACAUAGUUAAAUAAAUUUUUUGGAGGAAAUUUCGCUGUUUUUUGCUGAAGUGUUCUGUAUGCUAUUGUAUGAUAUUGCAAAAAGUUCACACUAGAGUGCCAUGGACGUGCCUGUUUUGUAAAUAAUUUAAAGUCUUGCAUUCAGAAAUAUUAGUUUUCGAUAUGUAUGUAAAAACAUUAAGUUAUAAUCCUUGCAAUUUUGUUGCCUUGUGAUUGAUCUUGCAAUCCUUGACUUCCCUGGAUUUUAAAGGGUAACGUGGCAAAGUCUCAACUUUCACUGCAAAUUUCUUAAUGAGUUUAAUAAUUAUUCAUUUCAAAGCAUCAAAACAUUUUUAGCUUGAAUGACAGUAGGGAAUUUGAAUCACUAUACAGUAUUUCAAACCUAUUUGCACCUUCAAUAAUCUUUACUGGAAAUGUUGAUUUACCUGAAAAUAAGUCUAAUCACUGAGGUUCAUUUAGCCGUGCACUGGUCAGAAAACAGUCAGAAUGAGAAAUAACCACUUGGGAGCUUGAAACAUAUUUGGCAACAUGUUCCCUGCACUAGCUAAAGCUUAUCUCUAAUGGCUUUGGGGCAUGGCUUACCUUGGGAAUAUACGGCAUUCGCACAUGGUCUAUUGCCAUAAUGGUGAUUCAUUUAUCUUUUGAAGAGUAAUUUACCUGAAAACAAGGAUUAAUUUAUUCUGAAACUCUAAGCAGAUUCACAUUAUGAAUCUAAGUGCUCAAGUGUAGACUUUACAUUGACAUUAACAAUAUUAAUCAUGACAGAUACCACUGGUGCAAGGUAAUGUGGUUAUUAUAUUGCUAUUAAAAGAAUGCCAUAAUUUGUAAUUAUAUAUUUCAACACAAUGUUUAAAUAUGUCUGUGAUCUGAAAUCCUAUUACAAUCAAUUUUAGAGUUAUAGUUUUAUUUUUAUAACUAACUUUAUGCCCAGACAUGUUAGUAGGUUUCUCUUAAAUGUUUGCUUAAGGUUAAAUUUUCACCUAAUCUCACCUUUACAUAUUAAUAAUUUUCUGUGAUUUAUCUUGAGCAAUUGAUAUGUUUAUCGCAAUGUACUAAAAUAUCACCUAACAUUGCACUGCAAUAAACUUUUGCAAG